UCUGUCUCCUCACACACACGCAUCGCAGCUCAGAGUGACACACGCUCAGACGUGACGCCAGCUGAGUUAGCCAAGCACUCCUGAUGACAUGUAGUUAUAUAUGUGUUUAUCUCAAGUCCGGCAGAGCUGUGCAUCUUCUAUUCCAGCCAGCUCUUUUUUUUUAUACAUAUUUUUUUUGUUUUGUUUUAAAUACAUGAACAAACGAGCAGGCAGAGAAGGUGUUACACAUCUGGACAAUACCAACGCAGCCGGUCGUGCUACUCGGGCCACUACAGACAUGAGGAUUCCUCAUACCUCUGCGCAUAAAUGAUGAAAACACUACGGGACUGCCAGGCUUGAUGCAAGGCUGAAAAAGGAAAAAAAGAUGAGGAUACCAUCACCAGACUCUGUGCGUGGAUAUAGGCAUGGGGACACUGGAGCGUGGUUUGCUUUCUCCAUGGCUUUGCAUGAACCCAGAUGCCUCCCCUCCCUCUUGAUGAGCGCAUAGUGGUCAUUCAGCGCCCUAAAAACGUAGCCCUGUGUGAGGCUUCCCCACAAACCAUCCAGCAGCACUCCUCUCAAAUAUCAGGCUCUGCCAAUGGACACCCUCCUCAUUUCCACCCUUUGCAGUCCCAUUUCUAUCCACCCUCCUGUAAAUCUCUGACUCUGGAAUGCAAGCGCAGAUCCUCUCGUGUGCAGAAAUUCAAGAGCGACCAGCCUGUCAUCCCAGCAGGUGUCAGACACAUUCCUAGCCACUGCCAUAGCAAUGGUACAGUAACUCUUGGCCCACGGCUGCCGUCCCACACACAUACUAUUGAUAUCCGGGUGACGGUGGACAAAGGAGGACGGGGAAGAGGAAUCAGCAACUCCUUAGGGCGCAGUGGAAGUGUAAAGGGUGGCAGAGGGAAAUGUGCCUCUUCACAGUUGGAUCAAGGGCAAUGUGAGAGAAAAAGUGGAACUGCAGGGAGGCCAAGUGGUGUUGAACACAAGUCACAGCGAAGUCGCCAUAUUCAGCUGUCAUCUUCCCCCAAAGGUGGCCUACAAUUUGUCCCAGCUCAGGCGCAGCAGCAUAAGUUCAGGAGUGAAAAGGAAAACACUAGUUUUCUUAACAGAUGUGACCAGGAAUUUCCCUCUGUAGGUCGCAAUAAGAAUUCCAAACUGGGAACUGUCCCUCAAAGCCAAAAUAGUCACAGUCUGCCCUACCACCAAAACUCCGUCCCUGUGCCCCAUGCCUCCAUACUAAACUCCCACUAUCCAUCAUCCCCUCCUUCCCAGCCCACCCAUGUCCCAGUCUCAUUUCAGCAACUCAGCCAGCCGCACCCGUCCCGCACCAGGGAUCUCCACCCUCACAUUCUUCAUGGUCUACCCCUGUCCCCCAGCUCCUCCCACGCUGGAGGGUUUCCCAGCCCUGACCAUACCUGCACCAUUGACUGCACCCACCCAUUCAGUUGCGGCUGCUGGAGGUUGGUAAGAUGCAGAGGGUGUAAGGGGCACCCUGCUAGCUGCCAAGGAGGUGGAGGAAGCUCUUCCACCUCGUUUUCUUGUGUUCAUAAUGUCGGAGCAGUGAAGAGAGGAGGCAAGGAAAUGGGGCUAAGAAAUCUGGGUGGGUGUCUCUCCACCGCCUCCACCUCCAACACCUCCUCUUCUAACAGCACUGUGUCGGACUGCCGAGCAACCCUGUUCAAACCUCUCCGCUGUGCCUCCUGCUCUGGCAAGGCCGGAAACUUUGAGAGUCCUGCUAUCCUUCGUAAAAAACUGGUGGGGGGGUGCCUGCCCUGUACCCCGCUGUCAUCCUCGGCCCCUCUCCGGGCGAUACAGAGCUGCGUCACAGGCUGCAUUCCCAAAGCCUCUCAGACAGGCAGCUCCACCUGCAGCUACUGCAGCAGCGACCCCAUAGUGGUGACAUUUAACCCUCGCAGAGACAAACCCCCCGGAAGAGGCAUCGGAGCAGCUCAUUCGAUGGGUAUGUUCCAAGCCGAUGAUGAUGACUACAGCGUGCGUACUAUUUGGCCUGAAGAACUGGCCAAGAAGAUGACCCAUUCGAAAGCCCAAAAGAAUCACUGUGCCGGGAUGGGAGUAGGAGUUGGGAAGACCUGUGCAACCCCGGCCCAAAAUGGCAGUAACGGAACAGGCCUUGCCCUCCUGGACUGUCAAAACCUCCAGGAAUAUGCACAGUCUCAGCUAACAGACCGUGCUGGCCGACGCCGGCUUCAGCAGGGAAAAAUGGCUGCCUUUGAUUUUAUGGGCCGCAGGUCAGGACCUGGGUAUGACGAUGGCCGGAGCUCGCUGAAGAGGCUCUUGAAUAAAGCCGAGGAUGUAGGAAUUGAGCAAGACGGCGAUGCAGCAUAUCCACGUUCCCCCUCUCCCAGCUCUGCCUCUCCACCGUCACCUGUGUCGUUUUCGCCUCCACCGUCUGCCCCUGGCACACUCAUCAAACCCAAACCUUGGCAGAGAGACAGGGAGGGAGGACAUUCCCUGCCGUCAGCUCAGUCCCUUCACCUGGCCCUCAACUCCCUUAACAGAGAGCAAGAUGAGGAGAACAGCAGAAUGCACCUUUCUCUGCCGCUCUCGUCUUCUUUGCCAGCUUCUCUGUCCGAUGAGACCGCGAUGACUCCCGAUGCGGAGAACGCCGUGAUCAGUCCCAUCCUGCCCUUCCUGUUUCUGGGGAACGAGAGAGACGCCCAGGACCUGGACCUGCUGCUGCGCCUCAACAUCGGCUACGUGGUUAACGUGACCACACACCUGCCCCUCUACCACGUCAACUCUGGAUUGCGCUACAAAAGGCUGCCAGCCACUGAUAACAGCAAGCAAAACCUUCGACAAUACUUUGAGGAGGUUUUUGAGUUCAUUGAGGAGGCAUAUCAAAGUGGACAGGGAGUGUUGGUACACUGCCAGGCAGGCGUGUCCCGUUCUGCAACCAUUGUCAUCGCGUACCUUAUGAAGCACACCCUCAUGACAAUGACGGAUGCCUACAAAUACGUGCGGAGCCGUCGUCCAGUAGUGUCCCCGAAUCUAAACUUCAUGGGCCAGCUUUUGGAGUUUGAGAGGGACCUCAACUCCGGGGUGACUCCACGUAUCCUGAUGCCUAAACUGAGCGGCGUGGAGACGCAGGUGUGAGGAAGGUCAGGGGUCAGGAACGUGUAGGGUUACUGCAAGUAAAGAAGAGAUUAUAGUGGCAUUCAUGAGCGACACAAAGAGUGCAGCACAUUGUAGAAGAGAGACAUGAUGAGAGCUAUUACAAUUGGAAAAUGGUGGUGUGUUUGGCAAUUAGUGUACUUCUAAUACUGUGAAACAUGAGACAAAAGACUGGAUGCUUCAUUUGUUUAAGUAGUAACUCUUAGACAACAUGAUUAUCAUCCAGCGUACUGUUUAUAAGAUAAUGUGCCAAUAUUUUGUAUAGACGUAAUAUCGCUCUCAGAUAUCUCAUUUCUUUUUUUUGAUGCCUCUUCCUUUUUGUUCCCAGUGUUUACAUUCACACAGAAAUACAAUGACUUUGUUGCCAUUAAUCAUUAAUGCAUGCAGAACGGGUACACAAACAUUGAAAAGGUUUACUGGCCCUACUUCCUCUACAACACCACUCUGAUGUUUCCACCACAUGUAGCAACACACAGGCUAUUACAAUGCACUUUACUUCCCAUGCUUUUGUGUCUUAUCACUAACUGAACUAGGUUACAAGGUUGAGAAGAAUUUCUUUACACAGACCUCAGUCACUGUAUUUGGUUAAUAUUAUCAUGUAUAUGGGUUUUUCCUAUUUGUAACCUGUGCAAUAGAGUAACACGGACUGAGCAGGGACGUGAGUAGCAUUAACCUGGAAAACAGCAAAAGGGACAAACACCUCAUGGAAAU